CUUGGUGGGUUUUUUCCCAUUUGGCUCUUGCAGUACCAUCUUACCUGCUUUUACUAUUCUUUCCUGUUCUUGGUUGCCUCUUGUUUUGAUGGUGGUUUUCCAAUGGCCUUCAGCUCCCAAACAGCUUGUGCAUGAGUGCAUCUCUUCCUCCUUCAGAUCCAUCUUGUUAGUAAUUAUAAGAUCCAUGUAGAUCUUUCCUUUUGGAGUCGUCCAGAAUUCCAAACCAUGGCGGAGGCGAGGAUCGGUUGCAUUGCCAUUCUUACCAGGCUAUGGGAUCAAGUGAAGCGUCGGUUCAGUUACAUGGUCGAAAAUUCGCAGGAGAAUCAAGUAUUGGUUGACAUGGAUGCCUCUGCAUCUCUUCCUUCUUCAUCGUCAGCAGUACUUGAAUGCAAGUAUGAUGUGUUUUUGAGUUUCAGGGGUCCUGACACUCGCAAGGGGAUUACAUUCGACAUAUACGAUCGACUUAAUACGAGAGGAAUUAAAACAUUCAUGGAUGAUAGGGAUCUUGAAGUAGGGGAUGCUAUUUCUCCCACUCUCAUAGCAGCAAUCAAAGAAUCAAGGUUUGCAAUUGUUGUUCUCUCGCAAAAUUAUGCUUUUUCUACUUGGUGUUUGGAGGAACUUAGAGAGAUUUGUCUGUCCAUGGAAGACAACAGAAUUUUACCACUUUUUUAUAAUGUUGAUCCUACUGAUGUUCGAUAUCAUAAGAAGGGAAGUUUCAAAGAAGCUUUCUCUAAGCAUGUAAAAUCUGGGAGACACAGACCAGAGAAGGUGAAGGAGUGGAAAGCUGCGUUAAACAAAGUAGCCAAUAUCUCUGGGUGGAAUACAACUGAUCAUAAAACUGAGAGAGCACUUACCGAAGCCAUUCUGGAACUUCUCAGCAGUAAAAUUGUACCUGAUGCAAUUGAGUCCACUGGAGAUUUCCAAGCAUUUGAAGCAACAAGAGUAGCCAUGGAUGAGGUUUGGGAUGCCUUUAAAGACAACAAGGUCACUGCCAUUGGUGUCUACGGCAUGGGAGGCGUUGGCAAGACAACCUUAGUGGAACAUGUUGGUGCACAAGCCCGAAAAGGUGGGAUUUUCUAUUAUGUGACAAAAAGUGUCGUGUCCCAGAAUCCCGAUUUCAAAAAACUUCAAGAUACAUUGGCAGAGCAGCUGGGCUUCGAAUUACCUAAGGAGACAGAAACCGGAAGAGCAGCUAGAUUGAAAAAGGAGAUAAAGAAAAGGGAAAAAUACUUAUAAUCUUGGACGACAUUUGGGAGAGAACGGACUUAUCAAGAAUAGGAAUUCCAAGCAACAAGGAACUUCAAAAUUGCAAUUCCAAAGUCGUACUGACCACAAGGAUAAGGAAUGUUUGUCAUGCCAUGGAGUGCCAAAGAAAGAUCACACUCAACAUUCUCUCAGAACAAGAUUCUUGGGCCUUGUUUGUGAGUAAAGCAGGAAGGUCUUUUGAGUCGUCCACUUUCGACGGUGUGGCAAAGAAGGUUUCUGGAGAAUGUAGAGGUCUACCGAUUGCAUUGGUCACAGUUGCAAGGGCGCUCGGAGAUAAAGACUUGCUGGAAUGGAAGAGAGCAGCUCUUCAGCUAAAGAAGUCGCAAACUGCCAACCCUGACGAUUAUGGAGAAGCAACAAAAUGCAUAAAAUUAAGCUAUGAUUACUUGAAAAAUGAGGACUACAAGUCAUACUUCUUACUUUGUUGCUUAUUCCCAGAAGACUUUGACAUCCUAACAAAAGACUUGUUCAGGUACGCGAUCAGGACAAGAUUGUUUCGAGAUGCCGAAACACUCCUGGAGGCAAGAGAGCAAGCUGAUUCCGUUGUCAAGCAUCUUAAAUAUUCUUGCUUGCUUUUGGAUAGUGAAGAAGAUGGAUGUGUAAGGAUGCAUGAUGUUGUCCGGGAUGCAGCCAUUCAAAUUGUGCAAUCUGAAGAUGAGUUUUUUGUGAAAGCCGGCUGUCGUUUAGAGGAUUGGCCACGUAAAUUACAUAAAGGCUACUUUGCAAUCUCGCUAAUGAGGAAUUUUAUUAGCAAGCUUCCCAAAAAUCUGGUAUGUCCAAAACUCCAGAUUUUGUUACUAAACUGUAAUUUCUCUUUAGAAAAUAUACCAGAAACAUUCUUCCAAUGUCCAAAUGAAUUAAGGGUAUUAGAUCUUAGCUUGACUAGCCUUUCAUUACUGCCCAAAUCAUUCGGUCUCCUAACCAACCUCACAGCUUUGUAUUUAGAUGAU